AUGGCUGCAAUAUUAACUGUGAAGGAAAAUUUAUGGAUGUUGGGACACCAGGUAGCGUUUGACGUUGUACACAACCAGACCGUGAAAACGCUACACGAAAUUAUCUACAUCGACAUCGCAGACACUUCUCUCAACGCAAACAAGCAUACUUCAAAAUUAAACAAACAUAUAACAAGCAAAACGAAACUCAGGAAAGACAUCUCAGCACAGACAGUCGAUAGCAACGAACUGGGCUUCGCUGAACAAUCAAAUCUCUAUACAGUCAAAAUGCCAAAAACCGAGAAACACGUGGAGUGGCCCAACAAAUACUUUGAAAGUUAUAACGUCCAAGGAGAUAUCCGGGAAACGAGCAAACAAAUUGCACAUAAAUGCAACGAAGAACUUGGUACGACGGAGUCAAUGAGAGGACCAUCGCCUAAAAAUAGGCUGUUAAUGAUCGAUGGCGUUGACGCGCAAACACCACGUGAAGGAACUCAAACAGAAAGCACUUGGGCAGCCACGAGCCAUACGUCGCAGCAAGGACGCCAUAGGUCGGAUAGAAGCAAAGCCAAGCACGCGAGUGAAGCAACGAAAAAAACAUGGAAAAGCACCCACAAAUAUGCCGGCAAGAUGUGGGCCGAGUACAAAAGGCCGGGAAAUAAGGAUGAGUAUUUGCGCAAGUUGGAAAACGGCCUGAUCAGCCUCGAGACAAGCAAAACUAUCAAUGGAGACUCAAGCCAGCACCGAGGUUCAGCGUUGAACCCGGCUAAUGGGUACAUUCAAAGCAUGCCUAAGUUUGUCCAUGUCCCUCAAGUUAUCGGUGAAGCUGUCGGUGAAGCUGGUGGCGAAGGUACCAGAGGAGGUGCUGCCAGUAAUGCUUAUACGAUGGGACAUGCCAUGGGAAACGAGGCUUAUUAUCGCAGAAUAUAUGACUCCAUGGCUGGUUCAUCUGAGUAUCUCAUCCACAGGCGGGAGCUUCUUCGAUCCGAGGACGAGGUUGAGCAUGAUGCGAAGCAGAGAUUGAGCCGUACAAAUGGCAGUCUUAAAAGUUUCGACUCGCAGAUGGCCUACAACUUCAUCAAAUACCCAGCCCUCAUUGAUGACAGAUUUGGUGGAUCAAAGCCAAGACCAGCUCUUUCGGAGUAUGAGAGCUUCGAUUUACAAACCAUGCCACAGCAUGGUAGACCUAUGUCGGCAUCCAUGCGACCAUCCAGCCAUGAGAUUUGCACAAGCACCAUGCACACGGGCUUUCAACCGAGUCCUCUAGGUCAAUCUAGCAACAUGAAUGGCAAACUUUUAAGACAAGGAGGAUGGCAAUACAGACAGGAAGAGAGAUCUGCCGCUGCCGUCUUCGAGGAACAAGACAAGAGAGCAAAUCAUGUAUGCCCUCCAAUUCAGAAAGACAGGCACGAAUAUCGAGACUUGAGCCAAACGACGUCCACUGCACCAUCGAAGAGGAAAGAAGAGCUUCUUGAAGAAGAAACGGUACACGUCGGAUCAUUUAAGAGACAACGCCAGCUUGAGCCGCGACUCGAGUCAGGACAACAAUUUUUGUCCGAACAACGAUUCCAGCCUCAAAGCCAAUACAAUGGGCUCGACGGAGAAGGUUGUUUCGAUGAGGAACUCGAACUCGAACUGGAAGUUGGGUUUGACCCCAGCGUUGUCGCCAUUGAAGAAGAUGCAUGGCACAAAUAUGAUUGGCACGAAGGCGACGCGCAUAAAACCACUACACUCGAUACAGAACACCACAACCCCGGUACCCCUGAUCAAGGAAAAGAAGCCAGCAUCUCGAAUGACAACGCUAAUCCCGAAGGCAGGGUAGAAGCUAGAUCCGUCACCAGCACAGAGAAUCUGACACUACCAAACAUAAAUCUUUUGCCUGAUGACAAGCAUGAGGAUGUUAUUGUCAUCCCAGAAGAUGAUGAGGAAGACGAAGCUGCUAGGGUAGCCCAAAUCAUGGGUAAUCGAGCUAGCAUCGUCGGGGAACAAGCUACUAGCAAGGCAGAUGUGCCUGGAUAUCUCCACAAAACAUCGAGCCUUAAGGGAUAUACCAAUGCCUGGUAUCGCCAAGGAAUAGCUCGCAAAUCAGAACCAGAAGCUAAAAGCCCCUGGCAAUCUGGCCACCCUUUUAACGAGAAUUUGCCCACCAUACCCGACUAG